GACCGCAGUAUUUCACCCUGUUCUAGAACCAACAGUAAAAAAAAAAAAAACUGAGCCCACAAGAACAUGACCGACAGUACCAAGAAGGCUUUCAAAUUUUUGGACCCGGUGUCCUCUCGGAACCGGUGCUAUAUGAACUGCAAAAGUAUCGUACUCGUAAGUAUAAAUGCGUUACAAAUUUCCUCAGCAUGAAAAAUAAAAUUUGUAAUGCGGAUUUAGUGUAAGAACAAGAUUUGUAAUGCAUGACUGCAAUACGAGCACGAUACUUUUGCAGUUCAUAUGCUACGCACUCCACCAACUCCGCCUCGAUGCCGACUGCUAUUCCGUGUGAAAACGUCCAUCCGUACCCCAGAUUCAAGUUGGAAACUUAGCAACACAAAUCGAACGAGGUUUGGCUGUUGCGCAUGACAACUUUUCGCUUGCACGUGCAGUGUAAAAUACAUCGCGUUCAGAAGGAGCUAGUUGUAGUGAAGCCGCAUCAACACAAAUCGAUCUGCUCAUCCUGAUUCUAGCAUAGCAAUUUUUACAAAGCCAUCAGAAAAUGCCCUUCAUGGGGUUCCGCAUGACAGACUUCCUUAGCAUGAUGCAGAUCUGCAUGUUGACAACUACUGGGUCGUGGGGACGACGUUUUGGCUCAGGAUAACGACGACGCAUUGAUCAUCCUCCUUGGCUAUCAAAUGCAAAAAUGUCUGGGUCUGGAAGAAUGCAUGUUUGUCAUGCUUUUGCUUGUCUGGCAUGACUCUUAAAUCUGUCAUGCACGUUACCCGAGAGCUCCAUUUUUCUGUGAUGCAGGAACGCAGUUUGUCAUGCAGAAUAGGCAACACGUAGAAGCUCAGAAACUUCUCAUGCUGAGCCAGCAUUUGUGGCCUCAUCAUGAGACGCCACGCAGCAUCACAAGUUUCCAGACCCAGCCAUUUUUACAUUUGAUAUUGGCAGUGAUGGGAGAAGCCACCGGGGAUCAGAGCUAUCUCGCGAAAAAAAGGUUUCACUGUGAUGAUCUUGCAAGAUCUGCAUCACAAGUUUGCUACACAUGACACGGACAAUUACUAUUUAGACUGCAGCAAACCAGAACUUUUGAAGCUUUGGGGUAUGUUCUGGGGUAUGCAAAGUGGCUGCAUAGCAUCGGGAUUCGUAAUUUGCAGGCCACACCCCAAAACAUACCCCAGACACACCCCCGACACACCCCAGACACACCCCCGACACACCCCCCCGACAAGAACUGCUGAAGCUUUGGGGUGUGUUCUGGGGUAUGCAAAGUGGGUGCGUAGCAUCGUGAUUUGCAAUUUACAACCCACACCCCGAACACACCCCGGACACACCCCAGACACACCCCAGACACACCCCAGACACACCCCAGACACACCCCCGGCCCACACCCCCGACACACACACACACACAAACAUCCGACACACCCCAGGCAAACCCCGGGGCACACUCCCGAACACACCUCGGGGAAAUACAAGCCGGACACAUCGUCCCCGAACAGACCCCGGGCGCGUUCGGACGCGACUCCGAAUGGCAUGGCCAGCGAGUGUCAACAAAGAUAAGCAGGCCCACUCGGGGGGGUGGACCCCGCGAACCCACUCGCCGCCGUGCCUUGGGAUGUGUUUGCUGUUGGUUUGCCCCGUGCGUAGACAUUCCGGGCGCGCCGAUCUACCAAGCCCCACGCGGGUGCCUUUUCUGCGCCGACAAAACAAGCGCGCGCCCGACUGAGAAUGAAAGGUGGGCGCGUAUCUAUGGGCCCUGCGCUUUUCUGCAGAGAUAGCACAGAAAUAACACGGAAAGAAGGGCCACAGGGGGCUCCUUUUAUUCUAUUCAUACACGCCACCACCCAGGCCAAGAACGCCGGGCGCGUCGGCUUUUAUUCCAGACCAAGCACAGCAGUGGGCCCGCUUGGCGCAAACACGCAGGCACAGAGAGCGACGGGCGCGCAAACAUUCCAGGAGGCGGAUCUCCCGAACCCCCGUAGGCGGUCCCGCCCCCAUGUGGGCAUGGGCCCCCGCGGUGGCGCCACGUCCAAACAUGUGAGAGCGCCUCCCGGGCACCGCAGGCUGGCACGGCCCGCGGCCGGCCGGGCAAGUGCCCAAGGCCAACGCGAGGACUCUGCGCCCGCGCCAUGACCGAGGGGCGAGCUUUGGGCGCCUGCAUCCCGGAGGGAACACCCCAUGGCCCGGGCGCCAAACCCCUAGGCAAACGGGGAGACCCUGUCCCAGCGAGCGUCACCACAUGACGGAGGGGCUACCUAGUGGUCACGGGCCCACCCUGCCGGCCCGGACACCGCAUGGCCCAGGGGUAAAAGCCCUAGGUCAGCGCGGGGACAGGUCCCCGCGCCAUGACCUAGGGGUUAGGUAGCUUUAAGCGCUUCCCGGACAGGCAGCGAGGGAGCGCGCGGCCCAGGGGCAAAAGCCCUAGGUCAGCGCGGGGACUCUGUCCCCGCGCCAUGACCUAGGGGCCAGCUUUGAGCGCUUCCCGGACAGCGAGCGUGCGGCCCAGGGGCAAAAGCCCUAGGUCAGCGCGGGGACUCUGUCCCCGCGCCAUGACCUAGGGGCCAGCUGCAAGCGCUUCCCCUUCCCGAACACGGCCCCGGGGCAAAAGCCCUAGGUCAGCGCGGUGUGGACUCUGUCCCCGCGUCAUGACCUAGGGGCCAGCUGGAUGGAAGCGAUUCCCGGGAGCCGUACGGCCCAGGCGCAAACGCCGCAGGUCAGCGCGGGGACUCUGCGGCCGGCCUCUUGCUUUCAGUAUAGGUAGCAAGCUCAAAGUUUCGAAAUUUCUGGCGUGCUGUCCACGUAUCUACGUGCGCCACGUCCUGCAAAUGUCGGGAAGGUCGCUGCACGGGGGCCCCCGCCCCCGUGCCCUGACCUUGUUUGCCAUGCUCGCUUCCCAAGUGAGAACACGUUUGAAAAUCAGAUGUCUUGCUGGUGUAGCAAGACAAAUAGUCCUGUCUUCCAUUCUAUGCAUCACAAGUUCACAGUGAAACAGUUUUUUCUUGCGAUAAGAGCUGGUUUUUCUCUACUCGCUACUCGGGAAGACCGGGCCGGACCUGAUUUUGGAGGAGCUCAGCUACGAUGACAUUCCCUUCGGAACGAGUUGUAAUGGAGGAAAUCAUCAGUCUGCUCUUCCGUCUGGAAAUGGAAUUAGUGCAGCCACCGCUCUCGUCCACAAAAAGCCCUAUAAUUUGAAGGACGCGGAGAAGAUCGGCGUGAAAGAAGCGAAACCGGCCCCGCAGCCGAAAUUGAGCAGAGAGGACGAUUAUCAAAUGCACAUAAAUAUGUCUGGGUCUGGAAGAAUGCAGAAGUUUGUCAUGCAGAUAUUCCAUGACCCACGAGGUCUGUGAUGCAUGCCCUAGCAUCAGAACCUCUGCGAGGGAUUUUUGAUGCUCAUACCGCAUGAGAAAUGCCCUCUCCGUGUAGCGCAAUUUGCACCUCUUAUGCUGUUCAUGCAAUACAGAUUUUAUGUAGAGUCCAAAGGUAGCAUCACAGGUUCCAACUUUCCAGACCCAGACACUUUUGCAAUACAUAACGAUCCGUGGGCAGAUUUUGACGAGCAAUUUGGGCUGACGGAAAGCACUAUGCAUUGCUAAAGUAUCGUACUAGUAUAUUAAAUUGCAUCACAAAUUUUGGCAAGAAGGAAAGUGGAAUUUGUCAUGCUGUUUUGCCUUAGGAAAAACAUUUGUAAUGCAUGUUUGCAAUUAGUACGAGUACGAUACUUCUGCACAGCAUAAGCACAGAGGAGGAAGGCGAAGAUGAGGAGAAGGACUGUGCAUUGCAAAUAUGUCUGGGUCUGGAAGAAUGCGAGAUUUGUCAUGCUAGUCUGGCAUGUUGUGAGUGUGACGCUGAGCUGUGUCUUGCGCGGGCAGCAAGAGCUCCUCUUGUCUGUCAUGCAAGAACGCUGUUUGUCAUGCAGAAUACGCAACACGAAGCCAGCACGGAAAAAUCUGUCAUGCACAGACAUGCUUGGGCUUCCAUUCACUGACAUGCAUCACAGGUUCUUUCCAGACCCAGACAUAUUUGCAUUGGAUAAGGACGGGGAGAAUUAUGUCGGUGGGGGUAUUUUUGGAACUACCGGGGGAUCUUCAAACACCUUCAAAAACCUCUUCGGCUCGUGCACGACGGAUUGGGAUGAGGUUUUAUCCGAGUGCACGAGAACUCCUCCUCCGCCUCAUUUGUACGGCAUGAACAGCAAGACAAGCGUCAGUAAGAGUGUAGUUUUUGCAUCACAAAUUUGAACAGGGCUCUUGUCGUGCUAUGUACGCUGCCAGAACUUGCCAUGCAAACAGUGCCAAGAGGCAGGGCGUGGAUUUGGUAAUAUUUUGCAUGACAAGUAAGGGACGAGAGGGGGACGAGUUGUGCACUCUCAUAGGUUUUUAUCAUCCUAUGGAUUGUAAAAAUGUCUGGGUCCGGAACAAUGCGCGAUUUGUCAUGCAGCUUUUCCAUGAGUGACCCAUGAGGUCUGGAAUGCAGGACCUAGCAUGACAGAUUCUGCGCGAUCUCUCUCAUGCCUAUCCUGCAUGAGAAACUUCCUCCCGACUUGGUCAAAACUGAACGGCUGUAGUCAUGCAACACAGAUUUUUGCAUGCUUCAGAUUUAGCAUGACAAGUUGCAUUCUUCCAGACCCAGACAUUUUUACAUUUGAUACAUCCUGCACAUGUCCAAAACGUUCGUCUUCGCCCCGAAUCACACCAUCGCGGAGCAGCUGCAUGAGGUGAUGUAUCCUGUGCAAAAAUAUCGUCGUCGUAGUUGUAAUUGCAAGCAUGCACGACAAAUAACGCUGACCUAAGCUAAAUCAGCAUGAGAAAUUCCGUUUGACGUCUCUUUCGUGCUGAGCUAAUUUGUAAUGCAAUCACAACUACUAGAGCAAUAAAUGCAAAGCACGACACUUUUGCACUUCAUAUGAUGUGUCUGUGGCCCAACCUGGAAGUUUUCAACGCAAGCGAGAAUAAGUGGAGCUGCCGCUUGGAGUGCAUCAACGAGAAGUUUCUGAACGAUCCGAAGGGGUACAGGGAAGGGAAACUGGGGGACGACUACGAUUUGAUCAAAAUCAAGGCCUUCAUCCAGGCGCUGAACUAUCCGGAAGGGUUUGGCGCGGAGCAGCCCGGGAGCCAGGUGUUGCCGACGAAGGAAGGUAUAUAGUUAGAGUUAAAGUUGAGUUUUUUUUGUCGUGCGGGAUUCAACAUCGCAUGAUGGAUGCGCUAGUCUUGUCAUGCUUGUUGUACUAGAAUCACGAUCACCUCCAGCUGAGUCCUCCUCACGACUUGAUCACAUUCAGAAAAAAUCAUACAGCCUACACCAAAUCCGUCGGGGUCUUCGGGAAAUCCAUCGAGCAAUGGCCGCUGGUACAGGCGUACGCGCUAGACGAGUUUGGGAAUCAUGGGUUUCUGUCUAUGAAGAAGAAAGUGAAGAACUUGGAGUCGGAAUUGGUACUUCUCAGGAAAAAACACGUACUCCCAUCCAUUUUCUGCAUGACAAACAUUGGAACUCCUGCGCGUUUUGCAUGACAAAUUGGAUGUUGGGGAUGGGUCGUGUUUUUUCCUGGAUAGUUGGAAUUCCUCUUCUCCAACGUCGGCGCGUCGGAUGUGGUUUACUGUAAGGAGCUAGUUUGUAAUGGCACCGGCACUCCUGGCGAUCAAGCUGUGAUGCAAGACACCAACGACCCGCUCCUCGCCGCCUUCAAGGAAUCAUUCGGAAAUUUCUACAACCGAGACGCGUGCUGCCAACUCUGGGAAUAUCGAACAAAAAUAAAUGAACCUGUUUAAUACUGUGAUGAUUUUGAUGCUGCAGUAGGGUCUACACCAUCGAAAGUUUGACGUUACGCGUGACAUAGAAAAUCUGGCAUGCUCUGUCAUUUUUUCCCAUCUUGGAAGUAAACACGGCUAAAAGUUGUUACCUUGUGGCUUGCAUCACUAGCAAGACAAACACUUGCGCAGCCAGUGUGUGAGGCACUCUUUGCAUCACGAGUUGUAGUUCACAGUGGAACACCAGUUUUUUCCUGCCAUACAGCAUACGGAGAGUUAAACAACGAGGAAGUCCUGGACAACCUGCCUUACAGGAAAUCAAAAGUUUUCGGGGCAGCUUCUACUUCUCCAUCCACGACACAAGUGCAAACCACAGUGACGGAGUGUCCAAAUUUCAUCAAGCACGAGGUCUACGACCCAAAGUGGAAGACGUUUUUCGCUCGGACCAUACCGACGGUGUUUUCCUCAACAUCAGCAUCCGAUAACUCGUCUCCAACACGACAAAUGAACCACGAGCUGCUGAGCAAGAUCGCCCUGGCGAAACACUGCGUCGACGCGUUUAUGGUGAAAGCAACAUCUACUUCAUCCGCAGGAAUAGAGAUGAAUCAAAAUGCUUCAGCUACCACUUGUCCUAGUACCAAAACCACUAUCUUCCCCCUCUUCGACAGCAUUCUCGGUAAAUCCCUUGCGACAGCGUACAGGGAGUGGCUUUUUUCCCAGUUGGGGUAUGCAUUGCAAAAGUAUUGUACUAGUAGGAAUUGCAUCACAAAUUUUCUCAAGAAGAAAAAUGCAAUUUGUAAUGCUAUUUUACCUAAAAAGCGAUAUUUGUCAUGCACGAUAUCGAUAGCAAUUACGACGAGUGCAAUACUUUUGCACUGCAUAUGGGGGAGCACGUGACAAAACAGAUCGGAGACGAUAACAACAUCAAAAUCGAGGCUCUGGACAGUUUCGGAUACCCACUGGACACCACCAUUUCUAAACCACAAGCCGGAACGGUGUUAGUAACCGUGAAGGUAGAAAUACCGGUGGUGGACGAGAGUCGUGUUUUUUUACCAAGUGACAGCACAGGCACAACGACUACUAGCUCAACUACAACACUAUCGUCUACAAAAGUCGUCUGGGGCGACUCGUUUCUGUACACCAAAGCGGCCGCCCGCGCGCCGGGAGAGGCGAUCCGGAUCACGGGGGACAAGUUUCCGAGUCCCUUUUCAUUCGGAGAGACGACGAGCAGUGAAAAUUCCUCGAACAAAAUGGCCGUGGAAGGGGAGGAAAUAUCAACGACACAGGAUGAUUCAUCAUCAAAAACCAAGCCUGUUCAACAUCUGAAGGAGCUCUCCUCCACCACCGCCGACCACACCACGGGCGUGGUUUUGUGUUUACCGACCAGUAAGCUAACGGAAGUGUCUGCGUCCUUGACCAGUGAGUUGAAGCAAUACGGAACUGUUUCCUCCUCCAGCUCGGCCACCUCCACAACUUCUUCCCUCUGCUUCAUCGGUUCUAAGGUAACGGACCUGAAGCCACAUGCGAGUCAACUGGCGCUGUAUUCGAGGAAAGCGAUGAAAGCUAGUGGAUCAUCUUCUGGAAGCAGUGAAAGUGAUGAAAAGGAAGAUUUCUUCAUCAAGUAUACGUGUAAGGAUUUGAAGAAUUUUUCCGCGAAGAUGGCUACUGCUGGGAUAUGGAGGUGUCAGGAUUGAAAUCGUCAGAGUUGAAAUAGUUUGCCAUGCAUAAAACGGAUACUAGUUAGAGCUACAGCCUGUAGUCGGUGCAUGACAAAACUUCCCGGUCCUGUAAGCGAGUCUGUCAUGCGGUUUAGGGCAAAAGAGCUGCCUUCUGUCAUGCUAGUCAGCAGUCCAACUUUUGACACUUACCAGGACUAUGAUCUGCCUCCCAUGCGUCCUCUGCAAUAGAGUCACUUUUUGCGUCGCAUUUUAUGCAUGACAAACCAUUUCAACUUUGACGAUUUCAAUCCUGACACUCCCAUAUGGGACCUCCAGCACAACUUUAUCAUCUGGAACUACAGAACUGUGGAUGAAAGUGGUGUCCGCGACUCCGUUUUCUGGCAACAGCGCCGUGCCGAAAACCGCACUGCAGAUCAAAAACGCGGUCUACUGUAAGGCGACGCUGAGUGGGAGUCCGGAAGUUGUAGUUUCUGAUGCGAUAUCGAAUGCAAAAGCAUCGUGAUAGUAUAAAUUGAAUGACAAAUUUUCUCAGCAUGAGAAAUAAAAUUUGCAAUGCGGAUUCAUUUACCUUCAAAAAAGAUUUGUAAUGCAUGGUUGCAAUUACUACGAGCGCGAUACUUUUGCACAGGAUAUGCGACAGCACCACCUCCGACAGGAGCAGAAGCCGAUAUUGCAAUAAAAAAUUCCCCCAGCACUCCCGAAUCAUUGAGAGCAUUUGUAUUGCAAACCUUGCCAAGUGAAACACUCGCCCUCUUGCAUCUAUCAGCAUCACAGAUUUAUUCCAAUCGUGAAAGUGAAUAGCAAAAAUUUGCAUUGCAAAAGAUCCCAGCAAAAGCGGCGCUUGUCAUGCAUCAAGCGAUGCGAUACACGCCUACGCCUAGACUCUGCACCAGAAAGGUUCAUACUCCUUUCAUGCAUGACCAAAAGUGUUCAUUUGGAAGCUUCGCAUCACAAAUUUUUGCAACUUUGGGGGUGGGGCCAUUUUUCAGUGUAAUAGCCGACGCAGUUUGUUCGUUCUUCGUCCGCAUUCCGAAUCCCUGGCUUUCCACUAUGACCUGCUCAAAUCGGUUACCAUCUCAAACGUUACAAAAAUAGGGCUUGGGCUUUGUCUGGCACGAUGAGCAUGACAGACUCACACUGCGUUCCACUUUCUGCAAUACAAAUUUCGCAAGAUAAUUGUAGUGCGCUUUGAUGGGACUCCGAAACUUGUCAUGCGCAAUCCUGUAGGAGUGGGCUAGAUGAUCAUGCAGGUCUUGCAUAACAGAUUUCCAUCUUCUAGUUGUGGUAAUGUCUGAGAUUGUAAAAAUACAUGAGCAGGUUAUAUCCACCAUCGGUUUACGAGUCUCCCCCGCGGAACCAGAAUUCGCUUCGCCGAUUGUCCGUGAACUGUUUGUAUCAAAUGCAAAAAUGUCUGGGUCUGGAAGAUUCUAAACUUGUGAUGCUGUCUCUGGAUCCUAAAAAAAUUUGCAUUGCAUGACCAGCAACAGGACUCCAGUUUGUGCUACGCGGAGAGGGCAUUUCUCAUGCGUUAGAGCCAUCACAAAGCCCUCUAAAAUUCUGUCACUCGGGAGCAUGCAUCACAGAGGACAUCAUGAUGAGUCAUUCAAAAUAUGCAUGACAAACCUGGCAAGGUUCCAGACCCAGACACUUUUGCAUUUGAUAACUCGGGGUGGAGGAGUCGUUUUUCGCAAAAUCUUCAACAGCGAUGGGUCCUCUCGGAACGGGAACUGGUAGAAAUAAAACAGCAGACGUUCUUUCCUCAUCAACCACUAAUACAACUACUACACCGGCGUUGCAAAACUUCCUCAACACGGUUUCCCUCACGGACUCUCAUCUAGCCCGAAUGCCGCCGAACAGCCGGCGAGCCGCCUUCGGGACGCCUAUCACGGGAAAAAGUGUUAACGUUAGCGGAAUUCGUGAUGCAGUAACGCAUCACAAAACGUGCCCAAAUUUGUCAUGCAUAGCAUUCGUGACUACUUUAAUACUGUCUCUACCAUGCGGGCAUGGUCACCCAAUCGUGACCAUGCCCGUAGGAACUACUUUAAUACUGUCUCUACGACUUUUGACUUCAUUCAUAACCUUCAAUUGUAUUCCUACCUAACUUGUAUUUUUUGUUUUUUUCUCUGUACGAUUGGCCAAAGCGCCACCGGGACAGCCUGCCCGUAGACCACCGAUGUCAUGCAUAGCAUUUAUGCUGCGGAAAAUUUGUCAUGCAUAUUUGCAAUCAUCUAUGAAAACCGUUAACUUUAACACUUUUUGGUGUGAUAACCCCUGGAGAUUUGACGGAAAGCUACAGCGAGGCGAAUCUGCUGUGGAUCAACACGUAUCAAAUGCAAAUAUGUCUGGGUCUGGAAACCUGUAAUGCUGAAUGGCCAUGAGCAACUGCGUCUGUAAGAGCAGUGUAGCACGACAAAUUGUUCAGACGCUUUCUGAUGCUUAGUGCGCAUUACAAACUGCGCUUUUGCAUGACAAAUUUCGGUGCUUUCGUUGCUUUUAUGCAAUACAGAUUUAAUUUUGUGGAAUCCCGGACACGCAAUACAACUUCCAAUUUUGAUUUUCCAGAUGACCCAGACAUAUUUGCAAUGCAUAACACGUUGCCGAAUAGCACGGUGACGUUCGAAUUCGCCGAAAACUUGGCCAAGAGGGAGAAAAAAAAGUUCUUCAGUGUCAGGGAACGACUAGCUCUGGCAAAUAAAAUCGGAGGAGAUAGUACAACAAGCUCCUGCACAGGGAACAGUGUGGAAAACGUAAAUACAGCGUCUGCUUCCUCGUCGCUCCACUACCCGGAGAAAAACGCCGUGAUUCUGAACGAUUCGGGGCUUGCUUUGAUUCCGCCAACAAACGCCCACUGUGUCACGGAUUUGCGGGACUUUCUGGGGAUCUUCACGCCAUCGACCGUCUUGCCGUCCUCGGGGAGUUCUUGUUCUGCCGAGGAAAAGUCGCAGAUUUCCUCUCAACUGGUCAAAAACUUCCUACCGGAUUCCGUGAGGUAAGAACAGCAUGGGUCGUCUUUCUCUCUUGGUGUUGAUCAGGAUACUGGCGACGCAUGUUCGUUUUUGUAUAAUGACCAACAGGAGCAGAUCUGGUGCCAGCUGCAUUUACACAAUUUUCUUUUGUUGCUUCUUUACAUGUCGCAGCAUCACAACAUCGUUACUAAAUCCCCUUCCACAGAUCCCUUCUCGAGCCUGGCUUUUGCACCGUUGCGCUUCUCCCGAACUCCACCUCCUACCAAACCGCCAUCGCGGUCCAGCAACUGGAACACUUCGUGAAAGCGGUGAAUCCCAAAGCGCAACUUUUAAAAGCGGAUGAGUACUUCAGCAGCCGCACCUCCGCAUCGGCUUCCGAUAUGGCGUUCUCAAAUGUUACAUUCUCAAGUGUUACAUGAAUUUGUAAUGCAAGAAUAGCAAAAGCGCAAGGGGGAAGAUUUCGCUUUUUGCAUUACAGGCUGGACACAGAUUCAGGUGCUGUUUAGCCCUUCAGGAAUUUGUCAUGCGAAGCAGCUUGAUGAUGUGGAUACUGAUGAGAGUCUUGCAUGACAACAGUUGAAAAUGUAACAUUUGAGAACUCCAUAUCCGACGCCUUUGCCGUCGCGCAUUUGGCGAAGGAGAAAUUAGUGUCAAGACCGGUAUCAAAUGUAAAAAUGUCUGGGUCGGGAAGAAUGCAACUUGUGAUGCUGUGUCUCGAUGUCUAAAAAAUUUGUGUUGCAUGAGCAGCAAACAGAGUCUAACUUUUGCUACGCGGAGAGGGCAUUUGUCAUGCGGAAUGGGCAUCAAGAAUCCCUCAAAAAACCUGUGAUGCUGGGGCAUGCAUUACAGGCAUCGUGGGUCAUGAGAAAUAUGCAUGACAAAUCUUGCAUUCUUCCAGACCCAGACACUUUUGCAAUCCAUAGCCGGGCUGCUUAGACAACAACAUCAGCGACAGAUCGUCAGAAUUGUUUUCAGCGAAAGACUUGAUGAUCGUGAAAAUUGACGUGAAACAGAAGUUGUUCGACUUCGAAAAGCUGAAAGUGACUCUGACGAAAGAGCUUGUAAGGAACAAAAAUUUGAUCUCGAUCGAAUUGAAAAACGUGUUAACGGCGGAGGCUGGUGCGGGUUGUAAGAUGAACAGCUAUUGCAGUACCAAAGAAGAAGGAGCUAGUACAACUUCUAGCAGCUUCACAAUCGACGCCGCACCGGUGACGGUUCCGACAUUGAAAAGGAUCAAGUCCGGGUCUUUGAGGCUAGGUGAACAAGGGGAGCCGAACAACUGGACGAUCAUUGACGGCAGCAAUGAUGCCGAAUUGGUGCCUUCUUCGCUGGAGCAAAUUCUUUUCUGGCUCUACGUACCUGCGGUAGGAGAAGGUGACCAACAAGCACAAAAACACUUCCACGAAAAACUCACCACCUAUUUCGACCAAGUUCUCCUCUCCAAAAACUGCACUUUUCAACUGUUCGAGCAGGUUCCCAAGUACCCGAGCGAGGCGGAGCUCCACUUGCACGGGUUGCACGAUGAAAAAUUUGGGUUCAACGUCAACAGCGGGCGGCUUCCGGACGGCUGGCACUUUGACGGGGACUACUACGUGAAUUUUCAGGGGAUCCGGCAAAAACGACACCCGGAGUGGGACCAGUUGUGCGACUUUGUCGUGGAAAAGCGGAAGGCGGAAGCGGAGCUGUGGAACGGGGAAAAUGAGAAGUUUUUGAAGAAGUUCGGGCUGGGGUUGGUGAAGGGAGGAAUAGAGUUGUGAGGAAAAAGUAGCGUUGCUGGAUAUUUAAAUUCAUUGGUUGCAGUUGGCCUCAGUGGUCCUAUUUUGCUUUGUACUGGUGGCACUCAACAACUCUUCUGUUGCUCGAUGACGCAACGCCAGCCGGUGCUUGCGUCCUGUGCUGGAAGAGCUGGCUGUUGCGUGUCGUGUGUAAAUAAAGUAAAGUGCCCCGAUGCGAAGAAAAUCAACUUUGGUUUUGGAUCCUCCGGUUUUUUUGCCCAUGCUCCGAAAAUAUGAGAAUGCGAAUGACGAGCAUGAU